UAUCACUCUAGAAGCUGAGAGCCAUCUGCAGCCCACAGUAUGUCCUCACCUGCUUGUGAAUGACCUCCAAAGGAGCUCAUUUAAAGCUUCCUUUGAUUACUUUUCAGAAACACGAGCAUUAUCUUGCAGAAACGAUGACAUUUACUGGCUUAUUUUUCUUCUGCAUGCUGAUGAACAUGCUAACAGAUGCCCGAUCCAUCCAGGAUGGAGAUGAUCUGUACCAGGAAGCUGUAGCCUUGCCAUACUGGCCUUUCUCAUCCAACGAUUUCUGGUCCUACGUGGAAUAUUUCCGGACCUUGGGAGCCUACAACAGGAUCAAUGAAAUGGCCAGAGCUUUUUUUGCCCAGUUCCCUUUUGGGAGCCACCUUGGCUACCACGUGCCUGACCACGAGCGCUAA